AUGUCACAACCAGCUUUCAAACUUACUCCGCUGGAUCUUCAGCUUCUGUCUAUGACCGACGACGAAUUCGUUGCUCAUGACUGGGAUGAUCUACAGGACAUUAUAUCCCGAAAUGACCUGGGGGCAUUGAAGCGAAGACCCUCUGAUUUACGCCGAUAUCUAGCAUGGAGUACCGAAACCAAGGCUCAAUAUGGCUCAAUCAUGAACUACAUCUGCCAGCAACGUCUUCAAUGGCAUUUGCCGUCCACAACAGCCACAGCUGCACCCACGGCUAUCGGUGCGGGGACCACAUUUAAGAACCCGCGUCCAUUUGCCGACCCCGAGGACUAUAAGAUUCUCCGCAAUGACUGGCCAUAUGGAUUUACUCCGGGUAUUCAUCAUCUGGUCGUGUGGCUACGGACUCCUAUCCCUGUCAAAUCGGGUGAGGGCCAUUUAACUGAUGAGUCGCGGGCUUUGAUCGAUAGCUUUGUACAGAAGACUUUCGUUAGCAGGUUGGCUGAUGAUCAACAGCGAAGAUUUGCUGAUCCAGCGGCGCAUGUUCUUUGGUUUAAAAACUGGGUUGGUUUGCAGAGCGUACGAGCUUUGGAACACGUUCAUAUCCUCGUUCGGGAUGUACCAGAUGAUAUUUUGAUGGAAUGGUCAGGGGAGAAGGGAAUCUAG